AUGCUCCUAUCACCCAACUUCACACUUGCAUCGAUGCCACUAUCCGACAAUGUGUGCACAUGCCACCAGGAGCACGCCGUCAUUGAGCCAGACACAUCAACCGAUGCAGUGCGCAGUGGAGCUGUGCAUAUCACCACUCUCAGUACCAUGUCCAAUGCUGAUAACGGGACGCCCAAAGGGGAUAUCGGGACAGUGUUCCGUAUGCAGGCGGUGAAGGCACAGGUCACCCAACAGCUCAAGGCGUCUCUGGCGGAGUUCAGGAGAGAUGACCUGGUGUACCGCUUGCCCGCCCCUCUUAGCAUCAUGCAGCCUAUCAUUGUGCUCAGUGGCUUGCAGGCGAGUGCUGAGCGGAUCUAUGUGCCGAGACAACGGUCGCUGGCAGUGCACAAGAACAGUCUGACUGUGACGGGUGGCAGUGGUGAUUACACGUGGCGCGUGGUAGACGACCACGUGGUCAAGAUCACUGAGAAACUAAACGAUAACGGUGGACAGAGCGUGAGCUUCUCGGCCGUGGGCAAGGGCGCAACCAAAGUGAUAAUCACCGACACGCGACUGUGCUACAACACGAUUGCCGUGGAGGUGCACGUGGUGGACAUUGUGGAGAUGCACUUUGUGCCCAUUGCCAUUGAGAUUGCUGCGGGAGAGACCAUGGUGGUACCGCUGCGUGUCACGGGGCAGAGUCAAGACGGUGGCAAACUGACGACGUUUGAGGCGUGCACAUCGCUGCCGCUGACCUACACGUCGGACGAUGAGUCCAUUUUCUCCAUUGAGGGCCAUUCGGAAGUGCCCACUGUGGUGGUGCUCAAGGACCGCCGCACCAACACUCCCGGCAACAGCGGCUGCACUGCUGUGUUGGUCAAAGCCAACCGCGAAGGCCACACGACCCUGACUGCCGUCUACAGAGACGGAAGCACGAUGCUCACGGCCACCCUGGAGAUCUUUGCGUACUUUCCUUUGCAAGUGGACUCGACGAACGACGAGCAUCAGCUGGUGAUGGGCACUACCGCGCACUUACGUGUGUCGGGAGGGCCGCUGCCGUGGCCGCUCGACCAAUCAAAACACGUUGUAGAUCUAAUUUUCGACCAAGACCAAGAAUUGCGCGGGCUGGAGGUGGUCAAGGACUACCAUCCCAUCGCUGUGCACAGGCCAGGCCCUAAUUCAUCCAUCCAAGGGUUUGCUUGGACCUUAAGAUGCACUGCGCUGGGGACACAUGAUCUGCAGAUAGUUGUGGGCAAUCAGCACGCGCACAUGGGCUUCACUACGCAUGUGGCCAAUGUCACCACAACCGUCACCUGCAACCUGCCAUCAAGUUUGGGACAGGCUCCUGCGUUCUCAGCACCGCAAGGCCUGUCCAUUGACACUGUGCCGCGUCAUCUGCAGUCUGACCCACAGAUGGCUGCCCUGGCUGAGAGAUGUCUCGGUCGCACCUACAUGCUCACGAAGACCACCAAUGAGUUUUGGAUCCCGGUAUUGGCCGCUGGUGGCGAAGCAUCGCCCACAGAGAAGGCGGAUGGCGUGGAGGGACUCUAUCAAUUCGAGUACACGUCAUCCGACGAGACCAUCGCACGGGUCGACACAACAAACCCUGAGAGGCCAACACUGGUGACUCUGGACAAGGAGGGCCCGGUGACCAUCACCAUCCGGUUGACAGGCGUCAAAGACGUUGACACUUCCCAUCAGAAACUACCUACCACCUCGUUCAGUGUACACGUGGUGAAGCCCAUAACCGCAUCACCGCGUGAGCUGCAUCUGUACCCCAACACAACCAGCAAAGCCUUUACGCUCAAGCACGGGUCAGGCAUUGUGCACGUGUACGCGGAUGACGAGGCCAUCGCCCGGGCUACGCUCUCGAAUACCGGGAUCAAUUCCGGGACGGCCGAGGUGCUUGUGCAGUCUGCGGGAAAGGCGGGCCACACACAGGUGCACGCGACAGACGUCUGUUUCACACCUGCGCAGAUGAAGGCUGCCACUGCCAUGGUCACCAUUCAUGGGAUCGGCAAGGUGGAGAUGCGAGGAUGUCCCAGUGUGGCCGUGCAGAAGCCCGUGUUUUUGUAUGUGAAACUGCUUAGCGACGCAGGCACACCCGUAGGUCUACACAACAUGCACGUCCACGAACGCUUUACUGUGCACCUGGACGUGGGCGGCAGUGGCCUGCGACUCGGCGCAGACGACCCCAAAGUCAUGACCGGGGAGGAGGAGCUCAGAUUCACGCUGCACGGCAAAGCACCAGGCACAUACACUGUGAAGGCAAAGGUCAUUGCCAAGGGCUCGUCUGUGGUGCGGGAGGCUCAGUACAGUGUGUCUGUUGAGGCUCCGCUGCGCUUUCAGAUGAGUGAGCGUUUGUUUGAGGGCAGUGAAGUGCCCCACGCACUUGCAGGCGACCGUCGAGAACACCCGUCCGUACACUACCACACGUCCAACGAGAAGGUCGUAGCUGUGUCUGCUAAAGGUGUGGUGUCGGCUGUGUCUGCGGGUGUGGCGCAGUUGACCGCUGUCUCUGAACAGAAGGAUCCGGUGAGCGGUGCACAGUGUGAGAUUAGCACUGCCGCAACCACAGUCACUGUGGUGUCGCUCAAGAGCUUUGGCUUGGUUCUGCCAAAGUUCAGCGUCAUCAAAGGUGCCCGUUUACCGGUGCACGUGAUGGGGUCGGAGGGCAUGACGCCCAUGAUGUUCGACAGAGCAGGCAGUUUGACCUUCGAGUGGGAGAAUGAGUCCCCCGAUGUUCUUGAGCUUCGCCCGAGGUAUCACCAAGCAGGUGUGAGCCUUGACAACGAGGGUGAGAUCUCCACUGAGAUCUAUGCACGUGGCGCGGGUGUGGGAGCAAUUCGCGUCAAGAUGCGCCAUGGCAACGGGCGGACUGCGGGUGAGGCUGUCGGUUAUGUGCACGUGGUGGAUCCAUUGACCAUGAAGGUGGCGUCUGUGCCUUUCCCGCCCACUAUCGUUCUACCUACCAACUCAGUGGGAGAAAUCAUCACCAACAAACUGCUGGAAUCGUGCGAUGUGUCUGUAUCUGCCGGUGCACAUGUGACCCAUGCCACGAAGACCAAGGGGAGUCUUAUUGCACGCACCGCCGCAGCCGAAGGAGAGAGCAUUGUGGAGGUCAUCUGUACGGACGACGGCACUAAGAACGGCGACUACCAGACGGUACAGCGCAACGCGUUCCCCAUUGACGUGCGGUCGGUGCACUUUCUGCUGCUGGUGCCCGCCUCUAAGGCUGCCAUUGUGCCUGUGGGUGUAGACCUGUGCUUCUCUGUGGUGGUUAGAGAUCGCAACGGUCGCGCCUUCACUGUGCUGCCCAACGGCGGAGACGCACUGCGCGUGCAGUCGAGUAACCAGGGUGUGGUGAGCGUACAGACGCAGGCACCUAGCAGUGCCAGUGUGGACUGGUCGGCCGAGUGCCACGUGCGAGUGCGCACUGAGACCGCCGGGCGCGCAGUCCUCAGAGCCAAUUGGGUGGGCACACAACCCAGUGCAGUGGACUACGUUCACGUGACUGUGGGCGAGUCAGAGACAGGUCUGCCUACCACGCUUGUGCUGUACCCGGGAAGCAGUCUGUGCUUGCCCCUGCCCAAGAACAAGUUCCACACGUAUGAGAGAGAGCGGCCUUACUACCUGGAAGAGCAACCUGCCUGUCCCGAUGGGAAGAAGAAGUACCGCGCAACAAAGAAGGGCAAAACGUCACUGGCACUCAAGAGCGGCAGAGACGUUCUCUCAAAAGUCACGGUGCAUGUGGCAGAUGUCACGACGGCACAAGUAAGCAAGACCUUCAAUGGCAAUGAAAUCACGAACAGCCCCGGUGCAUCGUAUGAUUUUGCGGUGACCUUUGAGUCUGAGGCGGGACCGUUUUCGCCCGUCAUAGGCUGUGACACCACUCAGCCGUCGACCCAUGGCUACACCUCCAAUGUGCCUUACACCUGCGUCUUCGCCCUUGCCCACCUCUACAGCGGUUCGCCGUACAUUGACCAUGCAACCGGUGCCACAUACUGCCGUGCAACCGCAAUAGAGUUGCCACCGCAAACCGCAGGACAGCCCCAGUUUGGUAUUGCGGUGGAGCCACUGCUGCUCACAGUGCGCACAGUGGGGUCGAAAAUGCCACAGAUCUCGCCCGUUGAGGUGAUCAAGAAGAAGGUGGUCGCGCUCACCGUGCCUGCGUUGGCCGCACAGGUCGUGUAUUCCAAGGUCGCUUAUGCCAUGGAAGCUGGUCAGGUCUUUGGUAAUCUGACACUCACCAAUGCGCAAUUCCACGAGGGUGUGGAACCAAUUGCCGCAGAUCCUAGUGUGCUGCAGAUAGUGCCUGCACCCGUCACCAUGGCAACCAGUCGCGUUGGCACCCAAUCAGACACGCCAUCCACAGCACGUGUGUACAACCUAAUCGCCGUGCAGGGCGCCUUCAACGCAACAACUGUUGUGUUUGAGUCGCCACGCACUGCGCAGGAGCUGAAAGUGGUCCUCAACGCAGAGGACGCUGACAGCGACUCGAGCGUGUAUGCCGGUGAUGUGCACACGCCAACAUCAGAUUGCCAGGGAACGGGACCUCACCUAUCCGCACCUGGAAUCAAACAAGGUGGCACCAGAACUAACCACAGCUCAAACAACAACUCGGGUGCUACGUCGAUGGUGUUCAUGCUGGUAUUCAUGGUAGGGGUGGCCAUGAUGAUCCUGUUUGUGGUGUGGAACUACUUGCACGGCAUGAAUGCCGCUAAUGGCAUGCGCAUGACUCCCCAUGUGCCACGCAAUGCCGGCUCCGUGCAGAACCCAUUCAAUCAGCCGCUAUGAUAGGGGCAUGGAUAUGGAUAUACUCGAUCAAUCAUACAGUAGGGUGAGAGCAUAGAUAUGUAUGUACUUCUUAAUCAUGCACUUAGAUGGGGUCAUUCAGAUACCGUCCAUCAUACCAUAUGACAAGGCUGAGGUGUCUGACAUACAUUAUAUCUGUGAAAAGAAUAGGAUGGUGAGAUUGUAGAUCCUCUCCGGUAGAGAGGCGUCAAUUCUGGAAGCCUUUCAGUACUUAAGUUGGGGUGGUAAACACGUACGUGCAAGGUGCGUAUGAAAUCCACCCACUUGCUCAGCUGGCUACAACGGCUAGUAGACGCAGCAACGCACACACAAAUAUGUGUACAAGCACGCAUGUGAAACACACCAUGACUGACUCUUGUGUGUCGGUGCUAGCUCCGCACUGAAUAUAUCUGGAGAAUCCAAUAUUGCCAAACACUACGCACACUACACCUGUCGUCUGUAUCGCAAAUUGUAAUAAAAUUAGCUUAACAAUCCAA